GGUGGUUGUCCAAAGAUCAGAAGAAGAGUGUCGUGCCUCUUUCUAUUUCUUUCCAAAUGUAAGACAUCGAUUUCUUUGUGACCCUUUUUCCCAAGUAUAAAUCGUGCAAUAAAGACGCCAUCUUUUCCUACAAAGUCUUAUAAAAACCUUUACCCUUUAAACCCUACUUUAUUCCUGCAUCUCCUUUGAUCCUCGACAAUGGUGGCUGGUAAUUCCAAGUCCGACAUCUCUUUCGCCGGUAUUUUUGCUAGUAGUGCCUUUGCUGCUUGCUUCGCUGAGAUUUGCACGAUUCCGUUGGACACUGCAAAAGUGAGGUUACAAUUGCAAAAGAAAGGAAUUGCAGGAGAUGGAAUGGGUUUACCUAAGUAUAGGGGAAUGUUGGGAACUGUAGCAACCAUUGCAAGGGAAGAAGGUCUUGCUUCUUUGUGGAAAGGCAUUGUACCCGGAUUACAUCGGCAAUGCUUGUAUGGAGGUUUAAGAAUCGGGCUAUAUGAACCCAUUAAGAACUUGUAUGUGGGCGAUAACUUCGUUGGAGAUGUUCCUUUGACCACUAAAAUACUUGCCGGGCUCACAACGGGUGCUCUUGCAAUUGCAGUAGCAAAUCCGACCGAUCUUGUGAAGGUUCGCCUACAAGCGGAAGGAAAACUGCCUGCUGGCGUGCCAAGGCGUUACUCCGGUGCAUUAAAUGCUUAUUCCACAAUAGUGAAACAGGAAGGGGUUCGGGCUCUAUGGACCGGCAUUGGGCCCAAUGUUGCGCGAAAUGCUAUAAUAAAUGCCGCUGAAUUGGCUAGUUAUGAUCAAGUGAAGCAGACGAUUCUGAAGAUCCCUGGGUUCACCGACAAUGUUCUCACCCAUCUAUUAUCUGGGUUAGGAGCCGGGUUUUUCGCAGUUUGCAUCGGGUCCCCUGUUGAUGUGGUCAAAUCAAGAAUGAUGGGAGAUUCAAGUUACACAAGCACCGUUGAUUGUUUCAUUAAGACUUUGAAGAACGACGGACCUCUAGCAUUCUACAAAGGCUUUAUCCCAAACUUCGGGCGCUUAGGUUCUUGGAAUGUCAUCAUGUUUCUAACCCUCGAACAGGCUAAGAAGUUCGUUCAAAGCAUAGGGUCGUCUUGAAUACAAUCGGGGAAAGAUUUCGUAAUUUUGAUUCUAAUAAAUGUUCUUGGGGAAAACCCAAUAGAAAGGGUAGUUUGAGAUGAAGAUUACAAGGAUUUUCUUUUUGUUAUAUGAUGAUUACUGGGAUCCUGUUGUCAUAAACUUUUCAGUUGGUAUUUAUUCACUGAUUAUAUCCUA